AUGGUUCGAGGAUUCCAGGGCGGACAGAUCAUUGCUACCGCGACAGUGAGCUUUGCAUCCGCAGUUGGAAUAACGGGGAGAGAAGGCGGCGGUGCUCCAUAUGAACAUGGGAAAAAGAUGCCGGCCGGUUUGAGCCGGCCGGAUCAGGCCGAAAUGGAGACAUAUGAAGUAGAGGGACCUCUUGAAAUCCAAACGGGAAAAAUUCUGAACAAAUACUCCGAUGACCCUGCCGACACGAUGAUCCGCUACUGGAUGCGCGCCAAAGGACCUAUACACGAGAAUAAAGUGCAAUCUCAUCUUGCAGCCUUGGCUUUCCUAACUGACGCAUACUUACUCGGUGUUGUUACGGGGGUCCAAGAUGAUGCGAAGUACGAGGAUUUAGGAGUGGCUGCGAGUCGGAAUCAUACGGUUCAUUUCCAUGAGUCCAAAGCUGUGCGCGCAGACCAAUGGAUGUCCUCUGAACAGGAAAGUCCUUGGGCAGGGAAGGAUCGAGCGUUGGCUGUUCAUAGAAUUUGGUCGGGUGACGGUGUUUUGCUUGCUACUUGUAUGCAGGAGGGGUUAAUUCGACCGAAGAUGAAACUGUAAUUGACGAGUCUUCAUAGUACCAAAAUCCAUAUCUGGAAUGUACAUAACUACAUACAAGGACAAUUCUGUAUUCACUGG